UUUCCUGUCUUCAACUUCUUCAACUUCCAAAGUUGCGGUUUUAAUAAUAAAAAUUAAAGAUUAGUAAUUUAAACGAACCUCUCCUCUGUCUGAAAAGCAAAAGUGAAUUGACAAGUUUUCAACAAUUCACUCAUUCUGUGAAUUGAGUUGCAGUGCUUGAACUUGGAGUUGGUUUGUUGAGUCUUUUUGUGCCAGUCUUCUGAGUGAACUUUCCUUGAAAUGACGGCUGACACUGUCAAUAUCAACAGAGAAAUAGAACGAUGCAAGGAUCCACUAAUUGGUUUGCAGUGCAUAAAAGAAAAUCUGAAAGAUGACAACGUUUCUCAUUUCUGGUGUGAACUCUGCCAGGAGCCUUGUGAAAAAGCAUUACAAGCCCUAUUAUGACAAAAUUGUAUCAUCACCCAUUCAUGAGCAAAACAAGUUGUACUGCGAUUAUUCAAGAAUUAUUGAAAGUAACGAAGGCAGGAAGAAGAUUCAGUUUGCAGUGAGGCCCCUGCAGAUCAGUCAGUGCACUGACCCAGGUGCCAAAUUUUUGCUGCUUGACGAUCCAAAGUUGUCGAACGUGUCCAAUAUAGGAUCUAUCCUGAACAGGCUUAUGCUCCAAUAUGGUUACAAAAAUCUUGGUGAGAUGUUCUCUAAAAUGAGCGACGAACUGAUAACCACUGAAGAAGAAGCAACAAAGGCCUUCGAGGUUGCCAACAUACUAACUAAAACGUUACUGGAAUAUCGACUGAAAACUGCUU